CCACGCUGGCACAGUCAGUCAUAUUUGCUUUACCUGGCAUUACGGCAACACCCGACCAAGUCAUUACCUCGAACAGAUCUCAUUAAGGCUGCUUUGGCGCUGGAUGAGAAAAUAAGCAGUGAGCGCAAUCUACCGAGAGUGUUUCGAGGCAAGACACCGUCAAAUUCUGCAUCGGCCAUCCUAACGAACAACAUCGACCGAUAUUUUGUCCCUUUCCGUCCACACGGCAGCCGCUGCAUGCACUUCAAACUUGCAUUUGAUCCUGGCAAUCUGAAGGAUGCUGUGGAAGAGUACACCCAAUGGGAAACGCGUCUUGCACAAGAAGAGUGGCCUCUGUAUUUUGGCAAACAAAAACGGAAGCAAGAUACACCAUCAUCAUCAUCAACGACAAUAACAGCAAAACCAUCUUCUACGGCGACGAUGACUGAAUUCGAUGCGUUUCUAUUAUCAAAAAAGCAGCAACCGAGGAAAAAUUAUUUGUCGUUUGAAGAUGUUGAUUUAUCUCAGGUGCCUAGGACAUGGCACGAUUUGAUGCGCAUCGUUGAAACUGAAACAGGUACAGCACCGCAAAAUCAUCAACAGGAGCAGCAGCAGCAACAAGAACAACAACAACACAAGCGGGAAGAACAACAGGAACCACGAGUGACUGUAGUUGCGACGCGACCUAUACCAGGCAACACACCAGUGGGGUUUUACUUUGGCGUACCGAUGACAACUGACGAGUUCGAUUCGCUCAAAGAUGGUGUUGGUCUUGCCACCGAGUACAGCAUCAUAUACAAGAGCAAGACAGUGCUGGAUCCCACAGACGAAAAUGGUCGUCUUUACCGCAAAGAUGUUAUACUUUGUCCGUUCCACUACAUGCGCAGUACAACGUCAUUGGGAACCCCCAACAUGUACAUGUUGGAAGGGCCUUUAUUGAAUCAAAUGGUUUGUUGGACCAGACGUGACAUUGCUGAAGGUGAAGAGUUUGUA